GCAGCGCCUCCCCAACCGACGCGAGGCGCCUCCGCAAGCUCGCCGCUUCCCCCAGCACGUACGAGGCGGCCUGCACGCCGUCGGCCGUCAAGUUUUCGGGCCAUCCCUGCAAAUAUGGAUAUGGCUCCAUUCAAGCUGGAUAUAGAUGAGCUAGUAGCUGAUUAUGGCAAGGAAAACAGCACGACACUUGCUGAUUUCAAGCGAGUUUGGAAGGAGAAGAAAUUUUCUUAUAUCUAUGAAGGCAGACCUAAUGCAAACUCUUGUCUCUUCAUGCAGUCCCUCUUUCUGCAUUGUAUCGGUCAUUUGACUUCUGAAAGUUCUCUACCUCGAAGAUUAGCUGGGCUUUACUGCCUUUACUGUCUCUAUGAGUGUCAGCCAUACAAGCCCCAGUUCAAGAUUUAUUUGUCUCUCGAGGAGUGCAGGCAACUGAAAGAUUUCAUCUCUAUGGCUAAGCAAAAUGGAGUGCAUCUUGUGCCGGCGCUUGUCAAAAGGAUGCUGGAUAAAGGCAUGUUUUUGUUUGGCUACAUGAAUUUGCUUGGUGACAAUGGGGAGAAGCAGGUCGAGGAAUUGACUGCAAUGCAGAAUAAACGGAUCAAAUUUGCCUGUGACAAGUUGUUCGCGAAUACCCAAGCAGAAAGUUAUAUGCACUUGGACCUGGGUGCGGAGUUCGAGCUUGAUAGCAUCAAGAAAUUGUCAAAGGAGUAUGCUGAAGCCAAGGAAUUAGCCCUUGCAGAGGCAAGCCAAACCGUCGACAUUGAAGAUGCUAAGCACAUCCUUCAGAGUGACAAUCUGUUGGGCGACAAGAUAGAUGAGGUCGUCAAAGACUGGGAUGCUCAGAAGGAAGAGUUCUACGAGAGAACAGGGUUGUCACGUGGCAACGAGCUCGCGGUGAUUGACAAUGAUGAAUCAGGAGUGCAACAUCACGAUUAUGAUGAAUUUGAUGAGCUAACGCAGCUGCUUGAGUGAAGAGCGUCUCCUACACUGCAGACUGCAGCACAGCAUAGGAAUGAAAUCUUGUACAUAGUUACGUUCAUGGUGAAGCUUUAUCGCGUGCUGCCUACGUGGCCUCAAAGCGAAGAUACGGUGCCUUGGUGAGGUAAAGAAAUCUGUGUGGCCUCGCCCUAGGACACUAGCCAGGUGAAGGAGAGGAAGGGCCAACGGCCACAACAGCUGCACGACCUUUCCUCGCCACUGUGAAACUAUCCUGUUCCGGCACGCUGUCGCCAACAUGCAACCUGCCGUCUCGCGCACCUGCGCGGCAGCGGCGGGAGGCCUUCCCAGGCGCCGUCAGUUGCCUUGGUCUGCGUCGACCCGCGGUCUGCGUCGACCCGCCCACAGUCGCCACACCACCUGAGCCCCAAGGACAUCCACCGUGCUGCAAUCGAGGUUCCCGAGGCGUCACCCACCAUCGCCCGUGCUUGCUGCUCUGUGCUGGGACACGCUCGCCAGGCCUGACGUGAUUUCCUUGUGCUUUAUGCUUGUGCUUCCACUUCCUUGCACUUGAGGUGUUUGAUGAAAUGUCAAUUUCAAGCUGAUAAAUUCAUUUUCUUCUUCCAAUAUAUACUGUCAAUUGCCAUGGUUAACAUCUUCCACAUGUUGCACGUUCUCUACCGGGCUAGCAGCGGUGAGGCAUUUCAUCAAUUAGCAUCUGCUUUGAAGAGAAUCUUUUACCCAAUAGUGGUUGGAUGCAUGCCGAUGCUAGCAGUUUUUGACUCCUGCAACCUUAUACGAAUACCUUUGCCUGCUUAUUUUGCUCUCUAAAGUGUGUUUUCGUAGCUAACUAAGAAUUGCACUGUGUUCCACAGAUAUUCUUAUUUCACUUCAUGUCUUUGGUUUUAUGCAGUUGUCUACAAGGUGCAGGUUUGUCAGAAAAUUAGCAUGACAUAUAUUGAAGAUUGCAUGCAUCUUAUAUAGUCUUGUGCAAUAAAAUGCUUAUGUAUAUUGAUUUGGUUUUCCUGAAAUGUUACAAGUAAUUUAUGAACACUAUGAACAAUGUCCUUAGCUGCUCAUAAUUUUGGUACUACCUGCGAUUCAUCUCAUAAAACUAGACGAUCUUUUUCUUUUGUACUGGAACUGUUAUUUCAUCGAGAUUUCUGCAUUCUUAAUAUAACCAGAUACUCUCAAAUGAGAAGAUUUUUUUACGGUAGGUUCAACUUCCCGGCCUACUUCACAUGGUUCCUUAUUUUUGUGGUGACCACAUGCUUUUACAGGAUUAUUCUUUGCUGUCCUAUCUUCCAUGAUUUUGUAGUUUACUUUUUACAACCAAAAUAUGAAUUGAAGAUCAGGGUGCUGAAGUGCUGGCCCUUCACUGCCAAUUGUUACUUUUGAAUUGUAGAUCCCGUUCAUAAACAAAAGGGUUGCAAUUCUUAUCUACUUUGAUGCAUCAGUUUAAUGCCUCAGCUAAGGAUUAUUCAAAUAUCACCUAUAUACGUCUUGAAGAAUAUACAAUAUCAUUUCUUUAUAUCUCAAGCUAUCCCUUCCCAUAUUGCUUGAAUAGGAGUUUCGGCUAUCCAUUCUUUAUCAUCUCAGGAUUGCACUGGGAGUGUGCAUUAUGUCAAAAUCAAUUACUUUUGCCAGCAUCAUUUCUUCAAUACAGAUUUCUCCAAAAUUAUGUAUUGUGCAAUCAUAUUUCUUUCACUUUCAUGUGUUUAUCACCUGCACCACACGCAAACAUUCUUAUUUGAAGAUUCAUUGUAGGAUGUGGUGUAUUAUGGUCUCACCCUUAUAAUAUAUGGAUACUAAAUUUCUAAUCAGUCUGUAUAUGUGCCAUUUUUCUGCCUUAACAAAUUGUCAUUCAUCCUGCUUUUGUCUGGGAUUUUUAAAAAAAUAUAUAUUUACUUUGUAUUAAAGAAAUCCAAUUCAUAGCAUCAUGCAGCCAAACUUUCAUACUGCCAGAUCCUUGCAUUUAAAUUGCUUGCAGAGGCUUAUUGUUGGAGCCACAUGUCAACACAAGGUGGAGUGCAUGUUUCUGCUGAAUAGGUGACUACACAUACAUGUCAAGUUGAACAGAAGGUGGAGGGCAUGUUUAUUUACUUUGUAGACAAAUGAAGCAGUUCAGUUUUACAGCGGUGCUACAUCAUUAAGCUACUGUUUCCAUCAGCCGGCCCUUAAUCUUAGAUUUGGAAGUUUAAUGUACAGGCUCUUCUAUUGGUAAUGUAAUUUGUCAGAAUCUUUCUAAAAUAGAGUUCGAGUGCAUCGAAGUAGGAAAUGAAUGUUACGUCUCUAUGGAUUAUUUGCGCAAAUAAAAUUGUCGCAUUUCUUGGGCUA